UCUUCCUUCGACGUCUUAGCUAUGAUUUUAAAAUAGUAAACAAUUCUCCAAGUAAGCAGUUAGUCGUGAGCAAUCCAUGAUAGAGAACGGUGUUAACGAAUAUGGCUCAACAGCGACCAGAGGAUACAGUGCAAUUUUAUAAAGGAUUAGAUGCGGAGGUUCAGUUAUUCAAAUGUGAACGCUGCAGACAAAAAUCAAAUCCUGAUUUUAUCACCGAUCAUGUUAGAAUGUUAUGUCAUUUAUACAAAGAGCAUAGUAAAUCAGAAAUAAUGGAAGACCCAAAAUAUCAGUCAGUAGCAGCAAGAUUUAGACUUCAUCGCCAAAAUGGAAAGAAAAUUGACGUUGGGAUAUGUCUUGUUUCAAAUUGUGAUAUAGAAAUUAAAAGUAAAUUUGGUAAAGUAUUACCAUUUGAAAACCAUUUGAUAAUGCAUCACACAGACGACAAAAAAAGUUUUUUUGCAAAAGCAGUAGAAAUAGAUUCUGGACGAAAAAUACUGAAUAAUUACAAAAUAGAGGACACCGAAUAUGCGAAAUGCUCAUUUUGUUGGACGUCGAUACCAUUAGAAGGUUUGGAUUCGCAUCCUGCUGAGGUACUCAUGGCCUUAAGCAGACACUUGAUCCCACAUAUUACCGAAUAUUGGGACAUAUCAGAAGAAGAAGUACACGGAGUACAGUUGCUAGACGAAGCAUCCAUACAAAAUGAGCUAGAAAAAGAAAAAAAAAUGCAAUCAGAAAUAAACGAAACAAAGCAAAAUAUUGAUAAAGAAGUUAAAAUGAAAGGAACUGAAAGAAGAACAGAAACGGUAGCUGCUUCAGAAAUUCUUAAUACGCUACUGCAACGAUACAAAAUGAAAUAUAAUCAAGAAAAAAAAACACUAAAUUGUAAUAUAAAGCCUUGUCGUCACUCACAUAUAUAUGAUGCUAAUAAGUUAUAUUACAUACAAAAUCACUAGGAAAUUCAUCACGGGCCGAAAAAUAUGAUUUACAAUAAAAUAAAGAAAGAAUGUGAAUAUUCAGAAAAUUUGGAAGAAAACACUGAAUUGUUAUCCGACAAAUUGAAAAUUAUGAGAGAUCACUGGAACAUAAACCAUGGUAACAGUUCACUGUCAUCUGCGAAAAAGGCAGACCAAAAUCUACAAACUAAGCUGCAAAAAUUGAAGAUGAAAAGACGAGAAGUUGCAACGCAGAUAUCAUAUCCAGCGGAGAGACAUGAGAUUCAAGAAGUACACAUUGUUAAGCCUGGACAAGACGUUCCGAAUCAGGUUGUACCAGAGACAGCCGAGACAGCCGAGACAGCCGAUCUACCGUGCAGUCCACUUGGAGUUGGUUACAUCUCUAUCAACAGAAGAAUUUCUGGAGGCCUUCAGAAGAUUUAUUGCACGUCGAGGAAGACCUACUGUACUGCCUGGUGGGGAGGAUGGUGGGAGCGACUUAUCCGCCUCCUUAAGGAUCUAUUGAAGAGGACAUUAAAGAGAACUUCGUUGAGCUACGAAGAAAUGAACACAAUUUUAUGCGAUUGCGAGGCUACUAUGAAUUCAAGACCCCUUACCUACUUGACAGAGGAAAAUACUGAAAUCACAGCGCUGACUCCAGCGAUAUUCAUCAGUGACAUUCGAGAAAAUGGCGUUCCUGACUUGGAUCAAAUUUACAAGUCCCACUUUGCAAAGAGGAUACGCUAUCGUCAAAGAUUAAAAGAAGAGUUCAGAAAACGUUUCCGUAUACAGUACUUGGGCCAGUUAUCUAAACGAACUAAACCCAGCAAUAGUUCCGCGUCCGUGGCUGUCGGGGACGUCGUGCUUAUUGAAAACAAUUUACAAAGCGAUUAG